UGUUUUGUUCCUUGUUUCUCAUCACUGGUGUGGCCUAGCUAGCAACUGUUACUUUUCAGCUACAUUUUUGUUGGUAAACUGAUUUCUAUGGCAAUUUGUAUUGCUUCGUUAAAUGAUUUAAUUACUGACAUAGUUAAAGUAAAAUGGGGUAGCUAGCUAUCCACUGGUAUAGCUAAGUAGGCUGGCUAACGUUUCCUAGCAAAUGCAGUCUUGACUUGAGUCUAGAAAAAGUCUAGCUGGUUAGUUUCUUGUCUUAGCAAACCAUUGACAUGACAACCGAUGAUGUUAUGGCUUGCGAUGAGUUAAUUAACAUAGAUGUUGACACCAUUGCAACCCAUGGUUUUAAACAAGAGAAACCCCAACUUUCUGCAACUUUACGAAGGUACUACUCAUUCUGUAAGAGGAGGACAUUUGGUACAUUCGUGGCAUCCAAAAUAGCUUCAUGUCAUGAGGCAGAGUCUCCAACAACAGUUUGGAAUUGCUGUGGCCAGACCUUUAAGGAACCUCCUUCUAUCCACAAACAUGUGGCAAGGACUCAUGACGCUGACAUUCAGAAGCUUACCAAGUCCACAUUUGAGAUUCUACUGAGCCUGAAUGAAAAAGAAGCUGCUUCACAACAACAAUCAACAGAGAAAGAGCCAGUUGACAUCUUCUCCUGGAUACCUGACACUAGUCACAUCACCGAUGACAAACUACACAAUGGCCCAGGUGAGGUUCUUCUGCUCUACUGCUACUGUCCACUGGCAGAUCCACCGCUCAUCUGUGCUUGGCAGAAGGCCCUUUGUGAAAAACUCCAGUUAACUGGCAAGGUGAGGGUGGCAACAGAGGGGAUAAAUGGAACAGUUGGAGGCACAAAAGUGGCGACGGACUUGUACAUAAAGGCAAUGUGCUCCCAUCCCAUCUUCAAGAUAAUGGAAAAAGAAGACUUUAAGACCAGUGAUGGGGGUGCAGAGUGUUUCUCUAACCUUCGAGUUGGAGUCUACAAGGAAAUAGUGCCAAUGGGAGUGGACCCAGAUGCCCUCUCCCACAGACUAGCCGGUGCUCACCUGGAACCUGAAGAAUUCCACAAAGAAGUGGAGGCUCUUUUGUCUAAAGGUGACUCUUGCAAUGAUACAAUACUGCUGGACUGCCGGAACUUCUAUGAGAGUAAAAUUGGGCAGUUCAGCCAAUGUUUGGCUCCCAACAUCCGAAAAUUCAGUUACUUCCCCGAUUACGUUGACCAGAACCUUGAUCUCUUUCGAGACAAGAAGGUCCUGAUGUACUGUACCGGCGGCAUUCGCUGUGAACGCGGCUCAGCCUAUCUCCGCUCAAAAGAUGUGUGUAAGGAUGUUUAUCAGCUGAAAGGUGGCAUUCAUAAGUACAUGGAACAAUUCCCUGAGGGCUUCUAUCGCGGCAAACUGUUUGUGUUUGAUGAGCGCUAUGCCAUCUCCUCCAACAGUGACAUCAUCUCUGAGUGCAGAUACUGCGGCUCUCCGUGGGACCAGUACCAGCUGUGCUCCACCCACUUUUGCUGCCAGCUGGUCCUUUCUUGCUCUGCCUGCAGACAGGGGGGCCACACCGCCUGCUGUCCCACCUGCCAGACCAAGGGCCAGGGAGAAGAGCCCUCUGCCACACCUACACAGAGAGAGGAGUGUGAGUGCACAGAUGGGCGGCCCAGGAUCCCCCAGGAUGCAUUGUGAUGUGUUAAAACGUUCAACAGCGCUAAGCAGAGACCUUACCUGGAACUUUACCCUCAUGGUUUUGACAAUCCUGGUUCAACAGACCCAAAUGUGGUUGUGGUGACAAACCGCUAGUGUCUAUUUGUAUUAAAGGAAUCCUCAACAUCAGUUAUUUUAUGAGCUUGCUUUGAAUGGGUCUUGAAUAGCUGAAGUAAAAAAUGCACUAACAUUAGACACUAUAUAUUACAUGUGACAUGAUGAGGUGUCAUGUAUGUCGCCGAUAUCAUGACCUUGUAUAUUGUUCAAUAAAAACCUAUAUUUAGAGAUUA